AUUUAGAGAGAGAGAGAGAGAGAGAGAGAGAGCUCGGAGCCAUAUCCUGAUCCCGCGCUGGUUUCCAGAGUUGUCUAUGCCUCGCUCCCAGGCCAGAAUCCUCCACCACGACCAUCCACAAUAUUCCAGAACAGUGCAGCAAAAGCCCGCAUCAUAGGGCUGCUUCUUUGGUCAUCACAUUCACACUUUAAUUGUCUCGUUUUUCCAGAUUCCAUCGGAACGAAGAUCAUCAAUUCGGCACGGAUCUCAAAGUCCUUCUCAUUGUUAUUCUGGAAACCCUCCUCUUUACCCAUUAUUACCGACUGAUCCACUGUCAGUGGAUGGUGAAAGAGUGAAGAAGAAAGAAGAGUUUGCUGCCAUGGCCUCUGCGGCUGCGCUGUACCCAAUUCCUUUCCUACGACGUCAACGACCAUUCCUCCAUCUCCCAACCCCAUCUCCGGUUCACAUCUGCAGAGCUUCCACUUCCAGUAAUGAUGGAAACGGAACUCUAACAGCCCCUAAUAAAAGAACUCCUCCCCGUAGGAUUCGAAGCAAGCCCACAACGUCCUCAACCCCAUCUGAGAAGAAACUCAAGCAGACCAGCAAGAAACAAGAACAAGAAAGAGUGGAGCCAGUGGAGGAGGACUUUGAUGAUGGGAUGGACUUUCCCUACGAAUCCCCGCCGCUGGUCUGCUGCUUUGGCUCCGCCCAAGAGUUCAUUCCCACUGUCCGGGUCUCCGACAGGCAGAUGCACCCGGACAUAUACUCUUCCUGGAAGCAGCUCCAGUGGAGCCCUCCCGAGUUCGUCAGGGCCCCUGGCGGUCCACCGUCCAAUGUCGCCAUCUCCCAUGUCAGGCUCGGUGGCCGGGCAGCGUUCAUGGGGAAGGUCGGUGAUGAUGAUUUCGGGAACGAUCUGGUCUACAAAAUGAAUCUGGAGAGGGUCCAGACCCGGGCUGUGAAGAUCGAUGCGAGUGUCAAAACGGCAACUUCCUACAUGAAACUCCGGUUCCAAGACGAUGGUGGCCGGAAGAAGUUGGUGGCUGAUACCGUGAAAAGAUGUGCUGAGGAUUGCUUUUCCAUGUCGGAGCUGAACAUAUCCGUCUUGAAAGAGGCGAGGAUCUUUCAUUUCAAUUCAGAAGUACUUCUAUCUCCUGAAAUGCAUUCAGCUCUAUUUAAAGCUAUCAAAUGGUCAAAGAGGUUUGGCAGCAAUGUGUUCUUCGAUCUAAAUCUGCCACUGCCUCUGUGGAGAUCUCGUGAGGAGACCAAAGAAAUGAUAAAGGAGGCUUGGAACAAAGCUGACAUCAUUGAGGUUUCAAAACAAGAGCUAGAGUUCUUAUUGGAUGAAGAAUACUACGAGAAGAAGAGAAACUAUAGACCACAGUACUACUGUGAAUCUUAUGAGGAAACAAAGAACAUGCGUCACUAUUACCAUUACACCAAAGAAGAGAUCGCUCCUCUUUGGCACGACGGUUUGAAGCUAUUGUUUGUGACGGAUGGGACACUGCGGAUUCAUUACUAUAGUCCAAAGUUUGAUGGGGCAGUGGUGGGAACAGAGGAUGUGCUUAUAACACCCUUCACAUGUGAUCGGACUGGCUCUGGUGAUGCUGUUGUUGCGGCGAUGAUGAGGAAGCUGACGACACAUCCGGAGAUGUAUGAUGAUCAGGAUGUUCUUGAAAGGCAAUUGAGGUUUGCUGUGGCCGCUGGAAUUAUUGCACAAUGGACAAUUGGCGGAGUGAGAGGCUUUCCCACAGAGAGUGCUACUCAGAAUUUGAAAGAACAGGUUUAUGUGCCUUCAAUGUGGUGAUGUGAUCAGUGAUUUUAUCUUAUAUUGUGAUUGCAUUGCUGUCACAAUAUCAUCGUCUCAUUGCUCUUGCUUUUGGCUGAAGUUUUUCAAGUGUCUGAGUUGUCGACUGCAUGGCAGACUCGCACAACAUACUCUUUCAAAUUCUUUUCUUCACCAAGGUCUCAAGAGUUAUUAACCGAGAAUGUAGGAUGAUGGAGGCUUUUGUUUUGGAAAAUGGAAAAUUCCCAACCUUGAGAAUUUC